UUUGUGUGUAGAAAAAUAAAACGUCAAUUGUAUUCUUUUGUAGUCGUGCGUCACCUGGCAGGUAAGUCGGCAGUUAAUUAGGUCUAUUCAAAUCAUGAUCUAUGUACCUAUGAACUGCAACGGUUGAAUGAAAGACUUUUUAUCAGUCUUCAUUUGCGUGAAAUAUAGCAGCACUUAAAAAUGGACCAUUUAUAACGGAGGCUUCAUACAGUUGCGUGUUGUGUGACAUAAAUACUGCUUCAAUGAAUAUUUAAACUAUUAGAGUAAGUAUAACAAGCCAUCACGUUAGCUUUUACAGUACUGGUGGAUGGCGGAUAGAGUGAAACGAACACUUAUUUGCCCGGCAAUUUUGUAUAGACAGUGAUAGAGAUUCAAGGUUAAUUUAUUCCUAUAUUGAUAAUAUUCUCUGUGUGUGAAACGUUUUCGCGGCUGUACUUCGCUAGCGGGCAAACAAGAAAGCAUGAAAUAGUAUAGCAAACCGAUCAAGAAGAAAGAUUUAUAAAUAAGAUAAACGUCUCAUCACGUUUUAAGAUAAAAUCUUAAAAAACCCCAUUUUAAGAUAUUGGCUACAAACGCACAACGUGCAAUAGCUGCGAAAAAUUCGACAGAUAAACAACUUGUACUUAAUACCUCAUAUAUGCCAUGUUGUUCGUAAUAAUGUUAACAAUUACAUUCCCCUUUAUUUUAUCUAAAGUCUAUUGUUUUACUAAUUUAGGGUACCAAAAUGUGAAUUUGGAGUCCUGGUCUUGUUGAAUCCACAGAAACAGCCAUAGAAAAUUGCACUUCGUAACAUAUGAGAAGUACUAAGCAACCUGGCAAAAAUAGGGUGAUAAUAUAUUUUACCUUACCUUAUAUGGCGUAAUAAUAAAGCCUGUCGCUGCUGUAGAUAAGUUGUGUCUGACUAUUACCCAUCUUAGUUAAUUAAAAGCAGUUAGAAGCAGACCCCGCAAUAAGAUUUCUCUUUUGGACUAAAUUAUCGCAAGUCAUUGGGUAGUAGGCUGUUCUUGCGUUCAUUUUUUUUAAUUGAAUUAGGGCAGCAAUAUACAUCUUUCCACAAUUAAAAAAUUAUUUGUAGCAAAAAUGUUAGCAAGUUAGCAUAAUGACAGUAACAAAUAUGGACUUAGUUGUGGUAACAGUUAUUCACAUUUUUGUGUCGUACGCUAAAGUCGAAAUUGAUGCAAAUUCUUGCGCGCUGUCUCUAUAUCAAAAACUUAAACCACGUGGUUGGCAAAUAUUCUUCGAGUUGUACAUACAGUUAUAAGCACUUGUGUACUUUGCGUGUUUGUUCAUAAGCCGCACAGGUGUGGUGAAGAAUAUUUAUCCCAGCCUCGUGGAAGAAAAGAGUCUUCUUUUUUGACACAUGUUAAAAGAAUAAUCCUGACUCUCCAAUAAUCUCGCGUGAAGGAUUGCUAAAUUUUUUAUCUAGUUUGUAUCAUAUCUACGAUCUACGAUAUUUCCGCCGCAGCUGUGUAAGUAGCAUUUUAUAACAACUUCGAUUGCAUACAAGAUGUUUGUUUAUACGCAUUAGCUGCAAUUCUGUAAUAUUUUUAAAACCUUGCGGAAUUUUUUUUUCGACAAUAAUAAUAUAGAUCUAUUUUCGAUGCUUUGCAAACAUAUUCCCGCCACUCUCAUAUUCCCGCCACUCUCAUAUUCCCGCCACUCUCAUAUUCCCGCCACUCUCAUAUUCCCGCCACUCUCAUAUUCCCGCCACUCUCAUAUUCCCGCCACUCUCUUAUUCCCGCCACUCUCAUAUUCCCGCCAUUCUCAUAUUUCCACCACUCUCAUAUUCCCGCCACUCUCAUAUUCCCGUCACUCUCAUAUUUCCGCCACUCUCAUAUUUCCGCCACUCUCAUAUUAUAUUCCCUCCUCUCUAAUAUUCUUGCCGCUCUAAUAUUCCUUUCUAAUAUUUCGCCUAUCUAAUAUUCACGCCGCUCUAACAUCCUCGUCUCUCUAAUAUCCUUGUCUCUUUACACCCCUCUUCAUUUCGAAGGUUAAAACGCCAAUCUCGCUGCGGAGAUAAUGAGUAAAUACUAGUUAACAUCCGUUUUUGUAUUUUAUGUGUCAUAUUCUGAGAAACUCUUGGGAAAGAACAUUUACGUUUCGUUUUUGUUUGCUUAUUUUGUAACGUAUUGAAAUUAAUUUUUCUGCAAACCUGAUUGAUUACGUGGCUACGUAAUAUUACAAAAAGCUUCUGAUAAAAAUUUUGUAAUUCUUACUGGAAAAGGCAAUAAUAUAAAAUUAGAAAAAAAAAAUUUACAAAUUUGUAAAACAUUGACAGGAAAAAGACAUCUGUAUGGUCGUUGCAUUUGGCUGGUUAAACCUUAAAAGAAGUUAAAACAACUGAACCCAAAAUGUUAGUACAAAAUAAUUUACUUGUAUAAAAUAACAGAUAUCUGUUCACAACACUCAACAACUAAAUUACUAGAAUUUUUAAAAAAAUAUCCAGUUCAAAUUUUAACUAUUAGCUAUUAUAAAAUACUAUAUAUAUGUAAAAAAAGCAAAUUUUUAUUUAUUUAUUUGCACUUUAACAAUGCAGGUUAGUUAAAAUAAUAAUUGAGAAUUAAGAUACUCAAUGAUUUGUCCCCCCCCCCCCCACAUUAUUCUCCAUAUUUAAGUAUCUACUUCAAAUUUCAGAAUAUUCCAGGCUAAUAACAGAAAUCUUCAAGUCACAGGGCUUCUUGUUUGUAAAAAAAAUGAUGGGCUCUGUAAGUUUUUGUUAACAACGCUCAACAACUAGGAAUUAGUACCAUUCGUUAGGUCACUAGUCAAAACAACAGUGACAAAAGAGCCCUAUUUCAAGUUCUACAAGCUUAAAUGCCGCUUAAAAACCCUAACAAUAGCAUAACGUUGCUUGACAAAAACUCUCUUGUUUAUCAACACAAAAUUAUUUCUUUUAUAAAAAAGCGUGUUUACUUGUGCGCCCAAAUGGAAUACUACACGCGUCCCACGAUACACUAGUUAUAUCCAAUUGUUCCAAUUUCGCAUAGCAGAAAUAGUUCCCACUUUGUCCUCCUCCCCUGUCAGUAAGACAAUAGAACUCCUAUUGAUACUACGUAAUAAUUAACAAAAUAACCACGCUUGAAUAUGCGUAUUGUCCAAAUUUUAAGCAUUGAAUUAGCUAGAACACUUAAUUAACUGUCAUCAGUUAUUUUUUUUCGCGCACGUAUCAUGAUGCUGUAUCAUCAAGGAAACUACAAAUAUAUUUAGUUGCGUUUCUUUUUGUUUCGUGUUAAAACUAAAAAGAGACGAAACCAAACAUAACAAAAGAUAUUGUAUAUUUAUUUACAUAAUUAUUUCUGUUGUUACGUAUUGUUCGUACACACAUUGCUAACAUACAAAGAACACAUUGCAUACUGGCAGGCUUGCUUUGUCAUUGUGUAACAUCAUUGUUAUGGUAAUUGUCAAUAACGAGGCGUUAUAAAAGCAUUGCUUAUCAACAGAACCAAAGUUGUAUCUAGAAGUUUGCAUGAAAAAGACUUUAAGCAAAAAUUUAUAUCACUGGCCACUUUGAAGUAUUAGAACGAAAAAUAUUGGACGUAAUUUUGCAAAGCUGUUAAUAACCUAAUUACAGUAAAUGUAUUGUUUUUUAUUUAGAAUUAUAUUCACAAUAACAUUUAAAUCAACUGGGUAUUGCAAUUAACAGGUGGUGUUAUAAGGUGGUCUAUAGUCGAAAAAUAACAUCCAACGUGAUAAUUUCGUUGUUUACAUUUUUAUUACGACAAGAGUAGCUAAAUUAUUUAACAGAGAUAUAUCAUAAUAAAAGAAAAAAACAGAAUUGUAAAUCUAGGGAUGAGUCGACGACCAAGCGACGCACUCACUUAUAAUUAUAAAAUUGGAUUUCUCGGUGGAACAAAAGUCGGGAAAACUUCAAUUUUGAAACAGCUUGUCUGGAAAAGGUUUUCACAACAUUAUGAACCAACGCUGGAAACAGAUUUAGAUUUCGUGACAGAGUAUAAAGGAAGAACGGUGGUUUGUUUAUUAAUCGAUACGUGUGGAUCUAACGAUUUCCCUGCUAUGAGAAAUUUAUGCAUGUCUAAAUCAAAUGCUUUCAUUGUUGUGUUUUCUGUGGCAGAUCCGGCAUCGUUGGAGACUGCAAAGCACACGGUAACCGAAAUUAUGCAUUCCAAAGAAGAAAAUUCCCGAACAAUAUUACUGGUUGGAAAUAAAACUGACUUGAAACGCAAAGUUACAUCAGACGAAGCAAGACAGUAUUGUAAGUCAAUGAAUAUUGACAAAGUAAAAUGUCGCUACAUAGAAGUGUGUGCAAAAGAUCAUGACGAUGUCCUAAAUAUGUUUCAUGCUCUCUUAAGCAUGUUUCCAGAGAACAAUAUAAGUGAGAGUAAAACUUAUUUCGGCAUUAAACCCUCUUGGAUAAAACCAUUUGCACAUGAUUUUAAAGAAGCAGGACAUAAUAAUACUGACGCUGAUGAAAGGCUCAUUACUCGCUCUCCGUCGUUGCUGAGUUUAAACAGUUUUUCAUCAGAUGAAGAUAUCAGUAAUUGCAACUAUAUUGAAGGUAAAAAAAUCACAAAAAGAAUUCCAAACAUUUUACCAAUGCGAUAGUGGUGCAGCUACAAAAUAAGCAAAAAUCUAGAACUCCCUAACUUGAGUCUUGAAAUUAUAAUUUCCAUUGAAGUUAUACUAUGAAGACAAACUUGGAGUAUUAAAAUUAUUUAGUAUUAGUUUCUUCACUACCAUGUACAAAUACUGCAGCAGCUUGAAAGACAGCUCAAACCGAAAUGUAUUGGCCCACAAAACAUUGAAAUUCAUUUACCAUCACAGUACACUGUCGCUUCAUGACAUAGAUACACUGCGUAUGAAAAAUGGUUAUUAGAAGUUUCGUCGACGUCAUGAUAGUGAGUUGAACAGAAACUGAAUAAACAUAACGAUAACAUAUAAACAGCAGAAAAAUUAUUCUUUUGUGAAACAUGUAAUUUACUAAAUUUACGAAAUAUUCACCACGGCAAAUCCUGAGGUAAUCUUCAAAAAAUUUUAUUAUCAAAAUUAUUUUGUGGGUUUAUUCGAAGAAGGAAAAGGUUUUGUAUAACUCCUAAAUUAAACAUAUUAACAGGACAAUUGUUGUGUUCGCUCAAUCUCUACACCACACCGCCAAGGGCCAGGUUGUUGCUCUCUUUUUUCACAUCUAGACUACGGUUGGGCGCAAAGCAGAGCUGGAGCGACUAAGAGAGGUCGUUAGUGCGGAUUUUUAUAAGUCAUUUUUUUAUAUAUAUAUAUGAAAUAUAAACUUUUGUCAAACUGGAAUAAUAUUAUACAACAAUUUUAACAAGUCAUUUUUUUUUUAUUCGAAAUUAGUCAGUAUGCUAAUGAGCAAAUAUAUGGGGAUUAAUUGUUUUCAAGAUCACACCUCUAAGAUAUGUGACACAAACCUAAAGAAAAAAGUGCAAAUAAAAAUUAAAACUGUAUAGUAUAAAGUAAGUAAAAGUUUAUUUCUGUUUGUUUGAUUGAGCAGUAAAUUAAACGAUCACUUUAACGGAUGAGAAAAAGAGCGGUAUGAUUUGUAUAUGUUAAGAUCGAUUAUUCCAAUGGCUUAUUGUACAAAACUUGUAUUUGGUUGGGUACUCAUUCCAUGGUUGGGUGGGACCUUUUCGGUGAUAUUUGAGGAUUUACGUUAUUUAAUUGGAAUAAUACAUUUGAAUAUAUUACAUUGCAGUUAUACCCAUAACUUAUAGGUAUUACUUGUGAGCAAUUUUUCCUUGAGUAUCACUUAAGUUUAAAUCUCAAUAUUCUUAAGAAGUUUCAACUUAAAAAAGACUCAUUUA